GCCCGACCCGGCUGUGAGCGCGGCGCCGGGCGCGCGGGCGGCGGGGCCCCGGGCGGCAUGGGGAAGUGUCAGUCCAAGCACCGGGAGACGCGCGCGCGGCGGGCGGCGGGCGGGCGCGGCCACUCUCUGCCCCCUCCCUGCCCCCCGCGCCCCGGCCGCAGCGCGGCCGCUGCGGCCCCCCAGCGGAGAGAGAGCCCCGAAGGGGACAGCUUCGUGGUGUCCGCGUUCGCGAGUGGCCGCAAAGGCACGGAGGACGCAGAGCGCAACACUGGCAGCAAGCAGGGGCCGCCCGGCGGGGACCCGAAGGAGGGGCCUUUCUGGGAGGACCGGUGUCCCCUCGAGGUGGUGCUCCCCCCGGAGAAGGCCGAGGGCCGUGAGGGCACAGGACCGAUCUCCAGUGUGGUCAAUGCAGAGAGAGCAGCAAGCCGGGAGGGCCCACGAGGGCCAGGCAAGAAGCACCUCAACAUUGAUGGGCUGCAGUGUGACGUCUCUGUGGAGGGGGACAGCCACCAGGAGUGGACGUUCACGCUCUACGGCUUCGACCACAGCGGCAAGGCCACCAGGGAGGACAUGUCCAGCCUGGUGCACACCAUCUACGAGGCCAUCGAUGCCUCCGUGAGCCACUCGUCUGGCAGCAGCAGGACCCUCCGUGUGAAGCUGACCGUCAGCCCUGAGUCUCUCAGCGAGAGGAAGGAGAGUCCCCCCACAGGCCAGGACCGGGAGCCCGCUCGCUGCAGGAUGGAGGCCGAGCUCACCGGGGACCCCGGGGGGGCCGACAAGAGGCCGUCCGCACACGCCAGGAGGCCCGGCGCCGACCCCCACCCCUGCUGCGAGCGCGGCCCAUACUGCGUGGACGAGAACACCGAGCGGAGAAAUCACUACCUGGACCUGGCUGGGAUCGAGAACUACACAUCUAGGUUUGGACCCGGGGCGCCGCCGUCACAGGCCAAGCAGGAGCACCUGGGCAAGGCCGCGCACCCCCCGAGCCGGUCCCGCUCCCAGGAGGCGGACACGCACACGGCACUCCAGCGCCGGCCCCAGGUGCUGGCCGACCACCCGCUGCUGGCCGCAGAGCCCGCCGUCAGGGCCCUGGACGUGCAGCCCCGGUUGAAGGGGCAGGAGAAGCAGCUUCUCAAGCCCCCCAGGGGCUCAGGGCGGCCGCCUGGGGCGCCGGGCACAGGCAAGCCCGGGAGAGCCUUCGGCUGCCCCCCGCCGGCUGCCCCGCCCCAGGCCCCCCAGGACGGCCACCGCCUCCCGCAGCCCCCAGCACAGCCCUACGGCCACAGGCGGUCCCGGAGGAAGAGCAGGGAAGUCCACUCACCGCUCAAGGCGGCGCUCGGCCAGCCCGCGGCGCUGGAGCACGAGGUGGUGCGGGCCCUGCCGCCCAUGCUGGCGGGGGAGGGCUGUGCGGUGCCCGUGGUCCACCACCACGAGCACCACCACCACCACGAGCACCACCACCACCACCACGCCUCCUAGUGCGUGGCACGCACCCCCGGGCGGGGCCCCCACGGAGGUGCCCGACGGCCGCUGCUGGGAGGGCUGCCGUCCGCCCCUGCUGCCCUCCGCAAGGACGCCGGGCCCACGUGAACACGUGGGAUGCCGCAGACGGCGCUGUUAUGAAGCUCUUUCGUGUCACCCUUAAAACCAAGCACGGAAAAAUGCACGCGUGUCUGCUCGCUGGAUUCCAGACGAGGCCCUGUGGUGCUGGGCCUCCGCUCAGGCGCGCCGCGUGCUCGGGGCGCACAGGGUGGCGAGGGCUCCCUGUUGGGCGGCCCCUCCUGUAAUUUGGUCAUCAUGAAGUCAGAGGGGUGGGCUCGGGGCAGCCUGUGUUCCUGGGUGCACGUGGCCCCCACGCGCUGAUGGACAGAGGGCGGGCGGCCACGCGGGACACAGAGCUGUCAGGAACCGUGGCAGGAGGCAGUGGGCAGGGCCGAGGCCCGCGGGAGGCGGCCUCUGGACUUGCGUCGUCAGUGGACAGCAUCUUCAGCAUCUUCCCAGCGUCAUCCGUGGACGGAGACGUGGACAACGGGCAGGCUUCUCAUGCUUGGUGGACGCACACACGCGAACAUCCAAACGCUCGGGCACAGCCUCGGUGAAGCUCCCCUUUGGGAAAGCGGGAUUCGCUCUGGGACAUCAAGAGAGGGGCUGCAGACCAGCAAAAGGCCCGGGGGUGCGGGCAGCGGUCCCACUGAGGCAGGAGGCUCCAGAAGAGCAAGCUGACCUGCCAGCAACUUGAGGUCUGUGCCGGCAGUCCCGCGUUGUCUUCCGGGCGCGAGGUUGAGGAAGUGCGGGUGGUUGAGGCAUGAGCACCACCCCCGCCGGCUCAAUAAAAUACGUGCAUUUUGU